CUUCCACAACACCUAUGUCAGACACCACAACUACGUCUCCAUCCACCAUUACCUCAGAAUCGACAACUUCACGUACUGAAACGAUUUCAACAGCUGCAACAUCUCCAUUGUCAACAACACCUUUCACAUCGGCGACUGCAAGAACUUCCAAUAUAGAAACGAUGUCAACAUCAGGUGCAACUUCUCCAUUGUCAACAACAUCAUUCACAUCGCCAACAGAAUCGUAUUCUUCGACAACACCUACGUCAGACACUACAACUAUUUUCACAUCCACCAUUACCUCAGAAUCGUUAACUUCAAGCACUGAAUCUGGUUCAACAGCAGCAGCAACUCCUCCACUAUCAACAACACCAUUUACAUCAGCGACUGCAACAACUUCCAGUAUAGUAAUGGUGUCAACAUCAGGAACAACAUCUCCAUUGUCAACAACGUCAUUCACAUCAUCAACAGCACCGUUUUCUUCGACAACACCUAUGUCAGACACAACUAUUUCCCAAUCCACCAUAACCUCAGAAUCAACUUCCAACAUUGAAUCUAUCUCAACAGUAGCAGCAACUUCUGCAUUGUCAACAAGACCAUUCACAUCUCCUACUACAACGUUUUCUUCCACAACACCUACAUCAAACACUAUAACUAUUUCUUCGUCCACCAUUUCCUCAGAAUCAACAACUUCAAAUACUGAAUCUGGCUCAACACCAGCAGCAACAUCUCCAUUGUCAACAACACAAUUUACAUCAGCGAAUGCAACAACUUCCAGUAGAGUAACGGUGUCAACAUCAGUAGCAACAUCUCCUUUAUCGACAACAUUCACAUCGCCAACAGAACCGUUCUCUUCGACAACACCUACGUCAGACACUACAACUAUUUUCACAUCCACCAUUACCUCAGAAUCGACAACUUCGAGCACUGAAUAUUUCUCAACAGCAGCAACAACGUCUCCAUUGUCAACAACACCAAUCACAUCUCCGACUACGAAGAUUUCUUCCACAACAACUACUCCAGCUAAUACACCCUGUUCUCUGCCUUGCACCAAUGGAAUGUGCUUCAUUGAUCCCAGCACAAAAAACUCCACCUGCCAAUGCAAUACAGGAUACGAACUACAUGAAGGUCAACCCAACUGCUUCGACAUCAAUGAAUGUGAGACACUGCCUCAACGGUGUGAACAAGACUGUGUCAACACUGUUGGAAGCUAUGUUUGUUCUUGCUUCCCCGGGUUUGAAGUGAACUCCACUAACAUUCACGGAUGUGUAGAUAUCAAUGAAUGUCUAAGCAAACCUUGUAAAAACAAUGGGACGUGCCAGAACCUGGAUAAUGCCUAUUCCUGUCAGUGUGCUCGUGGAUGGACGGGCACCAACUGUGACCAAGAUAUAAAUGAAUGCCUCACAAGCCCAUGCAAGCACGGGAGCAGCUGUAAUAACAACCCGGGGUCAUUCACCUGUGAAUGUUUAACAGGCUGGACUGGACUCCUCUGCUCAGAAAAUGUUAAUGACUGCAUGUCAAAUCCUUGCAUGCACGGCCAGUGUGUGGAUGGGCUCAAUCAAUUCUUCUGUGAAUGUGCCAAGGGAUGGACAGGAAACUUAUGUGACAAAAACGUUGACGACUGCAAAGACAUGCCGCUGUGCCUAAAUGACGGAACUUGCAACGAUCUUGUCAAUGGAGUCAACUGCACUUGUGCCCCAGGGUUCAUGGGAGAAUUCUGCGAAUAUAGUAAGCGCUCACGUGGUCAAGUGUGAGAUGAUCGCACGUUGUUUUCUCCCCAACGUUAUGCACUUUCCAGUUUGAAAAUGGGCAGCACAGCGUCGAAGUGAGAUAUUGACGACUGCACU